AUGAUGCAAACACUUUUGUCCAUCACGCCGCGUGACUCUCAUGAACUUUGGUUUGGAUCUACCCAAUCAUAUGGCUCAUUUCCCGAUCAACAAGGCGGCGACAAUGCCGCUGCAACCCAUCUUGCUCGCCGCAAUGCCAACGGCGUGCCCAGUAGCCAUCGCGCGUUUAUGCCAUCUCGAUCCUCUGCUACCACAGUCGCCUCCUUAGCUGCAGAAGAACGCUUACUCCGUGCUCGCAAAUUAAACAUCGCAUCGUUUGGAUACUCAUGGAUCAGACCGGCGGGGUGUUCGAAGACAAUGCUCGGCAUGAAAGAGGAGGAAGCGGAGCGUGAAGAGGCAUUGCAGGCGGCUGCUGCUGAGAUGGAAGCUGUUGAGGGAGAAGGUAUCAUGGAUGAUGAUUUGGGUAUGCAAAGAGGGGAAGGUGAAGAAGAGGACGAAGGCAUGGAGCGCGACCUGGAUGACGAUAUCCCGAACGCCGAGGAUGAAGCGUCGGGGCUCGUUGAAGAAGGCGAGGAGGGACUUGAGGAGGAUGAUAUCGGCGAUGACGAGGGAUACAUGGAGCGCGACUUGGAUGAUGACAUCCCUGAAGGGUUCCCUGAUGAUGACUACGAGGGCUCUGGGCUGUAUGAUGAUGACGAAGAAGACGAAGACGAAGACGAAGACGAAGAUUUUGACAAUCAGCCUGAUCUGGAUGCGGACAUACCUUCUGCGGAUGGUGAAAGCAUGAUUGAAGGCAUGACGCGUGACUUGGAUGACGACAUUCCCGAUGCUGCGGAACAUGGGCCGGAGGAAGAAGGGGAAUGGCAGCACACGGACAGCGAGGAGGAUUUGAGCGAUGAUGAGGAGGAAGACGAACCCAGUGUCAUGCAGGCCAGGUUCGCAGAAAACUUUCGUACCAGCACACCGAACAGUCGCGGUGGGUUGCCUCCCCCUCCGACUCUGCGCCGCGAGCCCGAGACUGAAGCCCAGCGCCGUUUCAUCAAUCGCUGGAGUGGUGGUGGCGAUGCGUUCGAUUCCAGUAGCAUGUUAUACAGCGAUGAUGACCUGCGCGCCUCCAUAACCAGUCAUGGCAGUCGACAAAGCGGGUUUGCACGAAGAUUUCCUCGGCACAUUGGUGGUCCCCGGGAUAGCUUGAACUAG